GAAUUUUGCCAGGUUGCUGUGGCUGCGAGGAGAGCGCAGGAAGAGUACAGGCGUGCGCAUCCCGGAGUCAACGAAGCAGACAUCAGAGUCGACCUGCCCAAGGCACCGCCUAAGCACGCAGUCUGCAACAACCCUAACCAUCGCCACCACCAUCCCCCGCCCUUCCCGGCCGGUCUGCGUGCAGUCGCGAGGCCAGUGAUGGGCGCCCCAGUACCACUGCAUCGUGCAAUGGGUCAGGCGUUCCUCGACCUGAGGAUGCCGCCACUGCCGCCACUGCCGCCGCCGCUGCCACUGCUGCCACCGCCAUACAACCCUGCCGCAGCUGCCGCCUUUGCGCAUGUGCACCCCAAUGCGGCGCUUGCACAUCCUCCUAUGCCCGUACUGGCUCCACCUGCUCUACCUGCCCGACUCCGUCGCAGGCACCGCCAUGGCGCGGCGCCCGCGCCUGUCCCUGUAGCAGCGCCACCUCCACCCGCCCUGCCAGUAAUGCCGCCGCCGCCGCCGCCACAGUUGCUUGCACACGAUCCGCGGCGGAACCCCCGACGAAAUGCCGCCCUGGCUGCUGAGGACAUGGUACGGCUCGCUGCGGGCGCGGGCGUACUGGACGCGGUUGUGCUGGGCGAAGGCAUUCACAGGCCGCACCGUGCGGACAAGGCACGCGGGAGGCCUAUCAGGGUCGAGCGCCACCGUUAGGUCUCUAGUCGACGGCAGCGGCGUCGCACAUCAAUCUAUCAUGGUAAUUGACUAUUCCCCUUUGGAUAGACAGGGAUAUUCGUUUUUGCAUAUUAGUGGGGCAGAGAUACUACGUGAAUUAUCAUAUAGCAACUUCUACACGUUCUGUCGUUCUAC